UCUUCCACAUAUAUAACGUUUCUUUCAUCUUUAUCUGAAGAAGGCUAGACAAUUUCAUGAGAAUUGUCUCUCUUUCUUUCUCCCUCUUUAUCAUCUUCCUCUCUCUUUCGGGUACAUUUUACCUUGCCACGUUCUUGACCUUUACGAAAAGUGAAACACCUUCCAAAGGAAACCGCUAUGGAGAGUGGCGGACCAAAAGUGCUGGAAACAGCGGAGGAGAUCCAGAAGAGGCGUCAGGAGGUGUUGACUCGCUACCAGAGAUUCAAGGAGCUGGUUGCUGAGAGGGGUCAGAAGCUUGAAGAAUCCUAUUACUACCAGGUUUUCAGACGGGAUGCAGAUGACCUAGAGAAGUGGAUCCUGGAGAAACUCAAGAUCGCAGAUGAUAAGAGCUAUGAAGACCCAAGUAACAUACAGGGCAAGUACCGGAAGCACCAAUCCUUUGAAGCAGAAGUGCAAGCAAAAUCAAGGGUCAUUCCUGAACUGAGAGAACUCAAGGAAACUCGCUUUGUUGAGGGGCAUUUUGCCUACGAGGAAACCACAACCCAUCUGGAAGAGCUGCACAGAAUAUGGAACCUGCUGGUAGAGCUGACUCAGGAGAGGGGUGCCCUGCUGCUGCGGGUCCUGAAGCUCCAGCAAUACCUGCAGCAGUGUGCUGACAUCUUGGAGUGGAUUGGAGACAAGGAGGCUAUAGUCACAUCAGUGGAGCUGGGUGAGGACUGGGAACGUACAGAGGUUCUACAUAAGAAGUUUGAGGAGUUCCAAGUGGAGCUGGCAGCUCGGCAGGAGAAAGUGGAUGGAAUAAACCAGUAUGCCAACGAGUGUGCCAAGGAGAACCACCCUGAGCUGCCCUUGAUCAAGCAGAAGCAGGAUGAGGUGAAUGUCGCCUGGGAGCGUCUCCAUGACCUGGCUCUGCAGCGAAAGGAAACACUGUCCAGUGCUGCAGAUCUCCAGCGAUUCAAAAGGGAUGUGACUGAAGCCAUCCAGUGGAUCAAGGAGAAGGAGCCUCAAGUCACCUCUGAGGACUAUGGGAAAGACCUCAUUAGCUCUGAGGACCUACUUCAUAAUCACAAGAGCCUUGAGAGGAAUCUUGCAGUCAUGGAGGACAAGGUGAAGGAGUUAUGCGCCAAAGCAGACAAGCUCAUGCUUUCCCAUCCUCCAGAGGCACCUGGGAUUCAACAGAUGAAAGAGGAUCUGAUCUCCAACUGGGAGCACAUUCGAGCCUUGGCUACCACCAGAUAUGUGAAGCUGCAGGCUUCCUACGGGUACCAGAGGUUCUUAUCUGACUAUGAGGAGCUCUCAGGCUGGAUGAAGGAGAAGACAGACCUGAUCAAUGCUGAUGAGCUGCCCAAAGAUGUGGCUGGUGGGGAGGCCCUGCUGGACAGGCACCGGCAGCACAAACACGAGAUUGACUCUUACGAUGACCGAUUUCAAUAUGCUAAUGAGACUGGUCAGGAACUGCUGGACGCCAGUCAUGAUGCUGCUGAUGAAGUUCAGGAAAAGAUGACAACACUUGCCAGUGACUGGGCUGCCCUGCUGGGACUGUGGAACCAGCGACAGCAUCAGUAUGUGCAGUGCAUGCUCUUGCACCUCUUCUAUCGUGACAGUGAGCAAGUGGACAGCUGGAUGAGCAGACAAGAGGCCUUCUUGGAGAACGAGGACUUGGGGAACUCCCUAGGCAGCGUGGAAGCCCUUCUUCAGAAGCAUGAUGACUUUGAGGAGGCCUUCACCGCCCAGGAGGAGAAGAUCAUAAUCUUAGACAAUAACGCAAAGAAGCUGAUUGAUGGUGGCCAUUAUGACUUGGAGAACAUUGCUGCUCUUCGAGAUAAACUCUUGGCCCGACGGGAUGCCCUGCGUAUGAAGGCUGCCACCCGGCGCAAACUCCUAGAGGAUUCAAGGCUUCUGCAGAAACUGUAUGAGGACUCAGAUUACCUAAAGAAUUGGAUCACCAAGAAAAAAAAGUUGGCAGAUGAUGAAGAUUAUAAGGAUAUACAGAACUUGAAGAGCCAGAUUCAAAAGCAAAAAGAAUUUAAAAUGGAACUGGAAGAAAAUCAACGCCUGCUUGAUACACUAGAGAAAACUGGCCAGGAGAUGAUCGAGGCUGAUCACUACGCCUCGGACAAGGUGAAGGUUCGUGUAAGUGAAGUUGUUGGCCUCUGGAAGGAGUUGCUGGAAGUUACAGAGCAGAAAGGGACCCAGCUGUAUGAAGCCAACCAGGAGCUGCAAUUCAAGAAUACUGCAGAAGACCUGGAGCACUGGCUGCGGGAGGCAGAGCAGCAGGCCGCCGCCGAGGACUACGGGAAAAGCCUGGCAGACGUGCAGAACCUACUCAGGAAACACGGCUUCCUGGAGUCCGCUGUGGGCAGUCAUCAGGAUCAGAUGGACAUCCUCAGAGACCUGGCAGCAUAUUUUGAAGAAAGAGACCAUCCUGAUGCUGGGGACAUAAAAGCAAGGCAAGAGUCCUUGGUGUCCCGGUUUGAAGCUCUGAAGGCGCCAAUGGGCAUCCGGAAAAAGAAGCUCGUUGAUUUUCUCCACAUGCAUCAGAUCUGCAGGGACACAGAGGAUGAGGAAGCCUGGAUCCAAGAGACUGAGCCUUCAGUGGCUUCCACCUACCUUGGCAAGGACCUGAUUGUUUCCAAGAAGCUUCUGAACAGACACCAAGUCAUCCAGGAUAACAUUGCCAGCCAUGAGCCACGCAUCCAAAUGAUAACGCAGAGGGGAAAUAAAAUGGUAGAGGAAGGGCACUUUGCUGCAGAUGAAGUGGCCUCUAGGAUAAAGAGUUUGAAUGACAACAUGGAGUCUCUGCAGGCUCGGGCUGCUAGACGGCAGAAUGAUCUUGAAGCCAAUGUCCAGUUCCAGCAGUACCUGGCUGACCUGCAUGAAGCAGAAGCAUGGAUUCAAGAGAAGGAACCUAUUGUAGACAACACUAACUAUGGGGCUGAUGAAGAAGCAGCUAGGGCUCUCCUAAAGAAGCAUGAGGCCUUCCUGGUGGACCUGAAUGCAUUUGGCAACAGCAUGCAAGCCCUGCGGGACCAGGCAGUGGCCUGCCAGCAACAACAGCCUGCGCCAGUGGAAGGAGUGGCUCGAGAACAGAGGGUGGUGGCCUUAUAUGACUUCCAGGCCCGCAGCAACCGAGAAGUCACCAUGAAGAAAGAUGAUGUCUUAACUCUGCUCAGUUCCAUCAACAAGGACUGGUGGAAAGUGGAAGCUGGCGACCACCAAGGCUUUGUGCCUGCUGUCUAUGUCAAGAAACUGACUCAAGAUGAGUUUCCCAUGCCCCCCCAGCGGCAACAAGAAGAACUAAGCACCAUCGCCCAGCGCCAGGAAGACAUCGAGAACCAGUACCGCUCCCUCCUUGACAGAGCAGAAGAGCGCAGGCGUCAUUUACUGCAACGCUACAACGAGUUUCUGCUGGCCUACGAGGCAGGCGACAUGCUGGAGUGGAUCCAAGAGAAGAAGGCGGAGAACACUGGGGUGGAACUCGAUGAUGUCUGGGAGCUGCAGAAAAAAUUUGACGAGUUCCAAACGGAUUUGAAGGCCAAUGAGCCUCGGCUGAGGGAUAUCAACAAGGUGGCAGAUGAUCUUCUAUUUGAAAAGCUUCUAACACCGGAAGGAGCUCAAAUACGACAGGAGUUGAAUACCCGCUGGGACUCCUUGCAGAGGCUUGCGGAGGAGCAGCGCCAGCUGCUGGGCAGCGCCCACGCUGUCCAGGUGUUUCAAAGGGAGGCAGACGACACGAAGGAGCAGAUGGAGAAGAAGCUGCAGGCCCUCGGCGCUGCCGAUCCCGGCUCCGACCUGUUCAGCGUGCAGGCCCUGCAGCGGCAGCACGAGGCCUUCGAGAGAGACCUCCUGCCCCUGGGGGAAAAGGUGACCCUGCUGGCGGACACAGCUGAGCGGCUCUGCGAGUCUCACCCGGAUGCCGCAGGCCACCUGCAGAGCCAGGCCACAGACCUGACGGAGGCCUGGCACGGCCUGCUCAGGGGCACGCAGGAUCGGAGGGACAGCCUGGACGAGGCCCGCAAGUUCUACACGUUCCUCACGAAAGCCAGAGACCUGGACAACUGGAUCAGUAGCAUUAGUGGCAUAGUAUCAUCACAGGAGCUGGCUGAUGAUUUAAUUGGCACGGAGAUCCUGCUAGAGCGACACCAGGAGCGUCGUGCUGACAUGGAGGCAGAGGGUCCCACCUUCCAGGCCUUAGAAGACUUUGGUGCAGAACUUAUAAGGAGUGAGCACCGUGCCAGCCCUGAAAUUGAAGAAAAACUUGAAGAGAUCAGGGUAAAGAAAGGUGACUUGGAGAAAGCUUGGGAACAACGCAAGAGGAUGCUGGAUCAGUGUCUGGAGUUGCAGUUGUUCCACGGGAAAUGUGAUCAGGCUGAGGGCUGGAUGCUGGCACGUGAGAACUCCCUGAGGUCAGAGGGAGAGAGUUCCUUAGACAGUCUGGAGGCCUUGUUGAAGAAACGGGAUGACUUGGACAAGGCAAUCACUGCGCAGGAAAAUAAGAUCACUGAGCUAGAACAUGAGACAGAGCGGCUCGUAGCUGAUGACCACUAUGCCAAGGACGAGAUUGCUGCUCGCUUCCAACGGGUGCUGGACAGAUGGAAUGCUCUUAAAGAACUACUGGUUGCUGAGAGAACAAAACUCGGCAACUAUACUGACCUCAAAAAGUUCUACCAUGACCUUGAGGACCUGGAGGAAUGGAUCAGCGAGAUGCUGCCCAUAGCCUGCGAUGAAUCCUACAAAGAUCCCACCAACAUUCAGAGAAAAUACCUGAAGCACCAGACCUUUGAAAAUGAGGUCCAAGGCCGAGCCGAGGAGGUGAAGGAAGUCCUCGAUUUGGGGAACUCUCUGAUUGAGCGGGAUGCAUGUGAGGGCAAUGAAGAAACCAUGAAGACUCAACUGGAAGAGCUGGAAGGACACUGGAACCACUUGCUUGAGAAAACAAUUGACAAAGGACAGAAGCUCAAUGAGGCAAGUCGCCAACAGAGGUUCAACACAGGCAUCCAGGACUUCAAGUUCUGGCUCUCAGAGGCAGAGACACUGCUGGCCAUGAAAGAUCAGGCCAGGGACUUGGCUUCAGCAGGAAACUUGCUCAAGAAACAUCAGCUUUUGGAAACAGAAAUGCUGGCCCGAGAGGAUGCACUCAACGACCUGAAUGAGUUGGCCACUGACCUGCUCUCCAGCGGGACUUUCAAUGUUGACCAGAUUGUGGAGGAAAGGGAUAAUGUCAACGAGCGUUUCCUGAACGUCCAGAACUUGGCAGCGGCACACCACGAGAAACUGAAGGAGGCCUAUGACUUGUUCCAGUUCUUCCAGGACUUAGAUGAUGAGGAGUCGUGGAUAGAGGAAAAAUUGUUAAAAGUGAGCUCCCAGGACUACGGGAGGGACCUUCAGGGGGUUCAGAACUUGCUGAAGAAGCACAAGCGCCUCGAGGGGGAGCUGGUGGCCCACGAACCCACCAUCCAGAAUGUGCUGGAUGCGGCACAGAGGCUGCAAGACAAGGCUGCUGUGGGGCAAGAGGAGAUCCAGGAGCGGCUGGCUCAAUUUUUCCAACACUGGGAGAAGCUCAAAGAGUUGGCUACCACGCGAGGGCGUCAGCUAGAGGAAUCCUUAGAGUACCUGGAAUUCAUGCAGAAUGCCGAAGAGGAGGAGGCUUGGAUCAGUGAAAAGGAAGCUAUGGUCGCCGGAGGGGCUUCUGGAGACACACUGGCCACUACUCAGAGCUUGCUAAAGAAGCAUGAAGCGUUGGAAAAUGACUUUGCUGUCCAUGAGACCCGAGUGCAAGGUAUAUGUGCUCAAGGAGAAGACAUCUUGAAUGAGGAGAAAAGUCAGCAGAAGGAGAAGAUUUCUGCCAAGAUAGAGUCUCUGAAAGAAAAGAUCCCUUCUCUGUCCAGGGCAAUAGGUGCUUGGAAGUUGCAACUGGAAGAUGAUUACGCCUUUCAGCAGUUUAACUGGAAGGCUGACGUGGUGGAGGCCUGGAUAGCUGAGAAGGAAGCAAGCCUGAAGACCAACGGCAAUAGUACAGACCUCGCCGCCUCCCUCACCCUCCUGGCAAAGCAGGACACACUGGAUGCCAGUCUGCAGAGCUUCCAGCAAGACAGACUGUCAAAGAUAACUGACCUAAAGGACCAACUGGUGGUUGCUCAGCACAGCCAGACCAAAGCCAUUGAGGAGCGCCAUGAUGCUCUGCUGAGGCGCUGGGAACAGCUGCUGGAGGCCUCUGCAGCCCACAGACAGAACUUGCUAGAGAAGCAGCUGCCCCUACAGAAGGCUGAGGAGCUGUUCAUGGAAUUUGCACACAAGGCUUCCGUUUUCAACCACUGGUGUGAGAACGCCGAGGAGGACCUCUCGGAGCCUGUGCACUGUGUCUCCCUGAACGAGGUCCGGCAGCUGCAGAAGGACCACGAGGCCUUCCUGGCCUCCUUGGCUGAGGCACAGUCUGACUUCAACUAUUUGCUGGAGCUAGACCAGCAGAUUAAGGCCUUAAAUGUGCCCUCCAGCCCUUACACCUGGUUAACAAUGGAGGUGCUAGAGAAGUUCUGGAAGCACCUAUCUGAGGUCAUCAAGGAGCGGGAGCAGGAGCUACAAAAGGAGGAGGAGAGACAAGUCAAGAACUUUGAGAUGUGCCAGGAGUUUGAGCAGAAUGCCAGCGCCUUCCUUCAGUGGAUCUUGGAGACCAGGGCUUAUUUUCUGGACGGGUCUUUGCUCAAAGAAACAGGAACUCUGGAAUCCCAGUUGGAAGCAAAUAAACGGAAGCAGAAGGAGAUCCAGGGCAUGAAGCGCCAGCUGACCAAAAUUGAGGAUCUGGGAGACAGUUUGGAAGAGGCUCUGGUCCUGGACAUCAAGUACAGCACUAUUGGGCUGGCCCAGCAGUGGGACCAACUCCACCAGCUGGGGAUGCGGAUGCAGCACAACCUGGAACAGCAGAUCCAAGCCAAAGACACCAUAGGUGUGAGUGAAGAGGCUCUGAAGGAGUUUAGCACAACCUAUAAACAUUUUGAUGAGAAUCUGACAGGCCGCUUGAGCCACAAAGACUUCCGGUCCUGCCUGAGGGGGCUCAAUUAUUAUUUGCCUAUGGUGGAGGAGGAUGAACCUGAGCCCAAGUUUGAGAAGUUCCUGGAUGCUGUUGAUCCAGGGAGGAAGGGCUAUGUUUCACUGGAGGACUACACCUCGUUCCUGAUCGACAAGGAGUCAGAGAACAUCAAGUCCAGCGAUGAAAUAGAGAAUGCUUUCCAAGCCCUGGCAGAGGGCAAGGCCUAUAUUACCAAAGAGGACAUGAAGCAGGCCCUAACCCCAGAACAAGUACAGUUCUGUGCCUCCCAUAUGCAGCAGUACGAGGACCCACGAGGCCGAAGCCACCUCGCUGGCUACGACUAUGUGGGUUUCACCAAUUCGUUCUUUGGCAACUGAUAAGCAGUUUUUCCCGAAUCAUAGAAACUCUUGGUGUGGUGGGAAGUACUGGUACUGAGGGAGGAAGAAAACAGGCAAGUAUGGGGAGGGGGAGAUAGGUGUGUGUGUGUGUGUGUGUGUGUGUGUGUGUGUGUGUGUGUUAAAGCAUUUGGAAACGUCUCAGGUUUGGGGGAUAAUAAGGCAUUCACCGAGCUAGGGGAGAGGAAGCAUCAUAGGCUUAUUUUGUAUGCAACCCCCUACUCAGGGACCAAAGUCUCAAUUUUUUAUUUGUAAGGUUCUCCGCAUCUAUAUUACUUUGUUUUGUUUUGAUUUUGAAAUAAAAUAUUUCCUUUUUUAAAAAA